AUGGCUCAACUUACUGCCCAGGGCCGCAGGAAGCUGAUGGCCCUACAACUGCUACUGUGGCACAGUGCACUCUGGGCAGGACAAGAGGCCAUUCCUCUGGUCUCUGUCACCUCUCCACCACCAUCCCUGCCUUGGCCCCGGAGCUUCCUGCUGAAGUCCUUGGAGCAAGUGAGGAAGAUUCAGACCAGGAACUCGGAGCUGCUGGAGCAGUUGUGUGCUACCUACAAGCUGUGCCACCCGGAGGAGCUGGUGCUGCUCGGCCAUUCUCUGGGCAUCCCAAAGGCUCCUCUCAGCCACUGCUCCAGCCAGGCCCUGCAGCUGUGCCUGCACCAACUCCACAGUGGACUCUUCCUCUACGGAGGCCUCCUGCAGGCCCUAGCGGGCAUUUCCCCUGAAGUGGCCCCCACCUUGGACAUGCUGCAGCUGGAUGUUGCCAACUUUGCCACCACCAUCUGGCAGCAGAUGGAAACCCUGGGGGUGGCCCCUACCGCGCAGCCCACCCAGAGCACCCUGCCAACCUUCACCUCAGCCUUCCAGCGCCGGGCAGGAGGUGUCCUGGCCGCUUCCCACCUACAGAGCUUCCUGGAGACGGCUCAUUGCGCUCUGAACCACUGGGUCUAG